AUGUCGCGCAACGAAGCGGUGUCGCCGCUGCGCAUCACCAAGACGCCCUCCACUUCGUCCCCCAAGGGCAGUGGCCGGCCGCUGUCGGAGAUCAGCCCCCAUGAGCACCGCAGGAACUCGCCCAGCUGGAACCAGUCAACAAAGAAGAUGCUCAUCUCCAAGGAGAGCUCGCCCUACCGCGACUCGUCGCCCUUUACUCACAGCCCCCGUCUUUUCUGGAAGGAGCAGACAACGUCGCCCAAGAGCCGUUUCGACACGUCAGAGAACGACUGCGAGGCCAGCACACCGCUCUCCCCCAAGCGCAACUCGAUUGAGAACCUGAAGAAGCAGUCACGUGUCAAGAACAGCAGCAUGUUCGCCCGCGAGCAAAAGAACGAAUACGACCCCACCCUCGUCCAGCCACUCGACCGCCCCCUCGCCGCCGGUCGCCCGCUAAACACCGUCGUACAGGGCAACGCAUAUGGCGGUCAUGGUAUGCAGGGCAUGCGCGAUGAGAACAACAACAACAGCAGCAGCAGCAAUGGCCCGACCAGGAUUCCCAUCCUCAGUCCCUCCAAGACUUCCCCCGCCAAGCUACCCACACAGUCGUCCUUCUCUUCACCCUCAAAGUCGUCGCCCUCAGAAGGUCGCGCGUCCCCCACAAAGUCGUCGCUUGUCAGCAACGGCCGCUUCAACUCACCACAAUAUAACCCCGACUCCAGCGCCGUCUUCUCCGACGAAGAAGACAUGGUGCAACAGACGCCCCGCCCCCUGCGUCGCCAUGCUAAGAGUGUGACCUUCGACACUAGGCCUCCCCAGAUCACAGAAUUUGAGAUGGUCACACCUGAUCCUUCCGUGACGACAGCAUCGCGAGACGGCAGCUACGAUUCCGAAGAAGACGAGACAGAGGAGGAGCUGAGCUUUGACCAGGACGACAGCUUCGAUGCUUCCCUCGAGGACACCGAGAAGACACCCGUAGUCCUUCCUGAGGAUUGGCGCCACAUGAGCCCAGAUGCUGCAAACACUUCACUAACUGACACCUACGACGAUGUUUUCGAUGGUCGCGACAACAGUCCCAUGCCCUCUGCAAACCCCAAUGGUCAAAGGAACCAAGCCCGCCUGGGCUCAACCGCCUCUGAUAGCGACGCCAGACCACUUCCUCCUCUUCCCGGCUUCCCAGCCCAAGAGGGCAGUCGGCGGCGUGACUCGAGCAUUGGUUUGUCUAAUGCUGCUGAGCGAAUCAACGACAGGCGGCGGUCUCUCCCUCAGCUUCCCCAAGCCGCUGGUAUCUCCAAGAACGAUCUCCUCAACAUGCGCGAAGUUUCCAUGUCGCUUGAAGACCGAUUGCGUUUGAUGAACUUUGACAACGACCGCGAUACAAGCACCCCAACACAGGAGAUGCAGAACAGGAAGAACAUUCAUAUUGACGAUGAGGUCACCGACGCUGACGUUGAACGUUCCGAGACGGCCGCUGAUGAGCCGAGAUCUGCGCCCCGCAUCUCCCGCGAUUCCAUCCUCCGUCGUGUCAAGAGCCGCAACUUUGAGGAUGGUGAAGACGACGAUUCCGAAGUUGAAUACAGCAACUUCGACCAUGAUGACAGCCCUGAGCGCAGCUAUGGAGACCUCGCUGAUCUUGAUCCCGAUGUCCCCAUCCCCUCGCGUGAAGUCUCUUCCAACUUUGACGAACACCCACGACAAGUCUCUGGUGUUUCUCAGAGUGAGGCAGACAGCGUGGUGGAUGCAUAUAGCUAUGGCGAUGUGCCACACGGUGACCAUGAUGACGAAACAGACGUUGACGGUAGCUCCAUGUCCCAACUUGAAGACUAUGAGCGCGACUCAUCCGUCAUCCACCACCCGAUGCCACCAGCAUCCGACGACGAGGAUGAGACUAGUCAAUAUUCUCUCGAGCCUGAGGAGCAGCCCACAUCCCAGAGCACCAUCGACUCUUCCGGCCCAUCAACACCAACUGUUGCUCCCUCCUCACCAGUCGUCGAGGACAAGCAGGCUCAGCAAGACGACAUGUUUUCAAACAUUGACACCAAGGACAUGGAUCUCAGCCUUGACCCCGAGAAGCCUACAGUCGACACACCUGCAAACCCACUUGACAAGGCUCCUAAGCUGGACGCUAUGCGCGAUGCUCUCCGUCGACCUGUCACUCCAGAACCGGCAGAUGGUCAGAAUGACGAGUCAGGAUCGGAAGGUCCUAGUACCCCAGACUCCGUCAUUCGGCACCCCAUUGCUCAAUCACCCCUUCCACAAGAAGAUAUUGAGGUUCCUCAGCGUGAAGCCACUAUUCGGGGUGCAGGUGGAAAGUUGAAGACUAGACCUUCGCUCAUCCCGGAUGAGGUUGACAUGGCCGCCACGCGUCGCCAUGUCAGUGGUGGUUAUGCUCCUCCCGUCCCUGAGCGAAGCCCUAAACGCCAGUCUAUGAGCCUCGAGCCGGGCCAUGCCGAUGAUGAAGAUUCACAGCUCAGCAUUGGGACAAGAGAAAGACGGAUGCUUGAUCUUAACCUUGGCGAUGACUCCAAUGACCUCAGCUUCGGCCUCGACAAGGAGUUUGAUCACAUCAUUGCUGCACAAAAGAAGGGAUACAUGAUGCGUGAGAACAAAAAGGUUGUUGUUGCUAGCAGCCGUCAAUUCAGUGACGAAAAGCCACCCACUGGAACUGAUGCUGCACCUGAGAUCGUAGUUGCCAAAACUGGAACUCGCAAGGCCAGUGCUGAGCGCAAGCCUUGGACGAAAGAACCAUGGAAUGGCAAGCCUCGACGCAAGAGCAUCCGAACUGCAUCGGGUCGGCGAAUGCGGACCUCCGAGGGCCCCGCGCCGCCUCUACCUGGCCAGGACUCGGCUGUCGCUGGUGGCCUCGACGCUGUGGCUGAGCAGGGAGCUGUUGAUGAAUUUGAAGAUGGAGAGGAGCGCGGCAGAGUCUUUGUCAAGGUGGUUGGUGUCAAGGAUCUCGAUCUUCCUCUCCCGAAGAAGGAACGCGUCAACUUCCAACUGACUCUCGACAAUGGCCUGCACUGUGUUACCACAUCUUGGCUGGAGCUUUCCCAGUCGGCUCCGAUUGGUCAAGAAUUUGAGCUUGUCGUCUUGGACGAUCUCGAGUUCCAACUCACCCUGCAGACAAAGCUUGAGCCUCCAGCGGUGCAGCAGGUUGUUGCUCCACCCACCAAGAUUGUUAACCACAAGAAGUCGCACUCGGCCUUCCGCAAUCUCCUCUCAUCCCCCAAGAAGAGGAAGGAGCAAGAACGCAAGGCACAAGAGGAGGCUGAUCGCAUUGCUCUUCAAGAACAGCAAGAGGCUCAGGCUGCUGCUAAGCGCAACUACCAGGCAACUGCCUGGGACCUCCUCCAUGACUUGGUCGGUUCGGAUGGAUCGUUUGCUCGUGCCUAUGUUUGCCUCAGCAACUACGAGAAUCAAGCAUAUGGUCGCCCCUUGACUGUCGAUGUUCCCUGCUUCAACGAGUGGGCUGUUGACAACACGGGCGGAAGCAGUGUGAAGAGCAAGCGUGGUGGUGUUGUUCGCCGUCCCCCUUAUCGGGUCGGCAAGCUAACUCUUCAGCUGUUGUAUGUGCCCAAGCCGAAGAACUCAAAAGAUGAGGACAUGCCCAAGAGCAUGAAUGCUUGCAUUCGUGAACUCAAGGAGGCUGAACAAGUCAAGGACAUUAGCUUCGAAGGCACUUUAAGCCAGCAAGGUGGUGAUUGUCCCUACUGGCGUCGCCGAUUCUUCCGCCUGGAAGGCACAAAGCUCACUGCGUAUCACGAGUCCACGCGCCAGCCACGUGCUACCAUCAACCUGGCAAAGGCCUCUAAGCUCAUGGAUGACAAGUCAGCCCUUCAACAGCCUUCUGCGACCAAGUCCGGUGGCCGCCGCAAGUCUGGGUUUGCUGAAGACGAAGAAGGCUACAUGUUUGUCGAGGAGGGAUUCCGCAUCCGCUUCGCCAACGGCGAGGUCAUUGACUUUUAUGCCGACAGCCGCGAUCAGAAGGAGGCUUGGAUGAAGGUCCUUUCCGAGACCGUCGGAAAGGAUAUUGCACAGAACAAGGGCUGGGCCGCCAUGGUCCUUGAAAAGGAACGCAAGGAACGCAAGGAACGAGCCCAGCUGGGGUCUCCUACUUCAAACUCAAACGUCGAUCGCCCGGUUCACGCACGCACUCAAUCGCACGAUGUCCAUUCACCCAGGCCCAACGCCAGCCCCGUCAAGGGUCAUGCCCGAACGCAAUCGCACGCACCAGCUCCACCUCUGAAAGAUAUGCGCAUGUCGCAUGCGCCGCCUCCAAGGCCGCGAACACAGGAGUCUGCUGCAAAGUCGGGACGUAGAGAUCAGGUUCGAUCGAUGAUUUUCUAA